AUGACGACCGAUUCCCUUCGGGAAGGCGACUAUUGUGACAAUGGUAAUGUUGGUGAUGAUGAUGAUGAUGAUGAUGAUGAUGAUGGGAAUGAUUGUGUGGAUUAUGAGAUUGAGGAGGAAGAGAAUAACAAUAAUGAUGAUAAUGAUGGUAUGAAAGAGAAAGAUGGUAAGGAGAGGAAAAAGAAAGAGGAUAAUCAUUAUGAUGAUGAGGAGAGUAAUGAAGGAAAAUAA